AUGGAGCAGAGAAGAGGAAACAACAACAAGAAGGAAGGUGGGAUUGAGGAGGAACAAGUGGGAUUUGCAGUUCAUAAUCAAGUGAAGAAGAUAAAGCAAGAAUCUUGUUACAAAAUCUUGGAUUGGUUACCAGCUGGGCAGCCUGAGAUGAGGCCUGUUCUUAAAGAGAUCACCACCAGAUCAUCACAUCAGCUUUCUCGCUCUCCUUUGGGAUUAGCUGGCAGACCCAUCUCUGCGUAG